GACGGCAGACCAGCUGAGAGCUAACUCACUUACAGCAAGGCGAACAGCUCUGUAAGACACUACAUAUCUUACUAACAAAACCUUUGGAAAUAUUCACCUGCGAGCAGGAAAACUUCUCAUCAUGUGCAGAGGACUCGAAUCACUGCCUAUCACCUGCCUGGAGAGGGCAAAGGAGCUUAAAGCUUUGUUUGGCAGUUUACUACAAAAGUCAGAUCACAGCAUCACUGCCCAGUCAAAGAAAAAUGACAAGCUGAGGUUAAAUGUCGACGAGCCUUUGAAAUGGAAGGAGUCGUUUGACAAACUGUUGUCCAGUCAAAAUGGUCUGUGCCUGUUCAGAGCGUUCCUGGUCUCACAGUUCAGUGAGGAAAACAUCGCCUUCUACUUGGCUUGUGAGGACUACCAGGCAACUAAACCAUCAAAACUGGCCACCAAAGCCAAGAAAAUUUACGACGAGUUCAUCGGCUCCGAUGCACCACGAGAGGUAAAUCUUGACCAUGUGACCAAAGCCAUCACAAAGGAGAACAUGGAGCAUCCCAGACAGUCCUGCUUCAAUCUGGCCCAAGCCAAAAUCUACACCCUGAUGGAGAAAGACUGCUAUCCUCGCUUCCUCAAGUCCUCCACAUACCUGGAGAUCAGCAGUAAGGCCAAGACAGGCUAACAAAUUUUACUAAAAAAACUGUCCUGCAAGCAGCAGACGUGAUGUGAUCACUCCUCAAAGGGACAUAAGCUUACUGACGCACAGCGGAGACUGGAAAGGUUCACACGGAACAAAUACCUCAGUCCAAGGAGUUUGGUGCCGGGUUGUGGAGUUAUUUUGGAGAGCGGAGGUUGCAUACAGCUGGGGGUCCGAGCUGGAAGCUAAAAGGACACAUGAAGCUGUAAGAAGAGACUGAUACUGGACUGAGCUGCAGGUGGUGUCUGCCUCUGAAAGAGACGUCUGUACUGUACAUACAGGGCUGCAUGAACGGCAGCCACAGUGGCAUAAAUUAUAAAAUGCAGAGAGACUUUGCUUUGAGUUGCUUUCACACAACAAAACUACCACUGGGAAAGACUCCCUAGCAUUAGUGUUUAUUUAUUUACUAUUUAUUUAAAGUCCAUUUUUAUUAUGUGAAUGUUUGCUGUGCAACUAGUUAUUUAAUAUGUUUUCUAUCUGAAGUACUGUAUGUAAAAAAUAAGUGCAUUGAAUAAAAGAUUACCAAGUUC